GAAAAAAACUAAUACCAUUCUCUGUCAGUGACAUCAAUUCCAGCGGAGACAAAAAUAUUAGGAGAUUCUUUCCAUCUGUUCUACCAUUGAUGGACUGUGUUACUUGGUAUUUGUUGUUGGUGGGGUGAUACGUGAAAAUUGGUUCAGACAUCAUGAUAUAGAAAAAGGAAAAGAUAAUUACAUGUAGGAAGUUGAGCUAACAAUAAAGUAUCUUAUAUAAUAAGAGAUAGUCUAUCAAUAACUUUCUCUAUAUAUAGCCUUUUACUAAAUGAUCAAUCUCCAGUCUCCACUCAAAUUAAAACACAACUUCAAUUUCUUCAUUUCCUUGGAAGCAAAGUAAUAUUUGUCAAAUUGACACAAUGGCUGCUUUCAACAAUGGAUCAGUCCUCUUAUUGAUCAUAGCAUUGUUGUUCAUAUCAAGCAUGACGACAAGUGAUGCUGCUCGUAGCCUACUUCAACUUCCCAACUUGCCUACAAUCCCUUCAUUGCCUCAGCCUACAGUGCCACAAUUCCCUGCUAUUCCAAACAUGCCAACAGCAGUCACAUUGCCACCAUUGCCAAGUGUUGCAUCGUUGCCAACGCUUCCAACAGCAGCUCCGUUGCCUACAUUGCCCUCUGUUCCGAAAAUGAGUCUGCCUCCAUUGCCUGCCAAUAUUCCUCUGCCCAACAUGCCAUCAUUUCCAAACAUUCCUACACUUUCACCUCCUCCAUCCAACUGAUUUCGCGGCUUCCAGAAUUUUACUUGCCUUGCGCAUAUGGUCUUUACUGUUUGAUGUUUUGCUCUUUCGUUGUCAUCGAUUGUUUGUACCUUCUUGAGUGUGCUGUAUUGAUUAAGGUAAUGCAGUAUUCUAGUUUUGAUUUACCCA